ACGGUCCUCCGUUCCAAUCCUCUUCAAUUAAUCUCUCUCUCUCUCUCUGCGGGUAGUUUGUCCACGCGACUCCGUCCAGUGCCGCCAGAUCUGAGGGUAGGGGGAAGACAUCGAUCCGCCGCAUGCAUUACCGGCCACGCGACCGGAUCUAGUGGCGGGGGAUCCCCGCCCGCCGAUCGCUGCCAUGGGCGAUCUCGAAGAGCCGACGGGUGGGGAACUGGAGGUAGUGGUGGUCUAGCUAGGGUUCUUGAUUUGGCUCGGGAUGGCGCCCGCCACCGCGGCGUCCGGAGGGAGCUGGGUUGAGUCGGAUAGCGGCAUGUCCUCCGAUAACAUCAAGGGUUUGGUCCUCGCGUUGUCCUCGAGCUUCUUCAUCGGUGCCAGUUUUAUCGUCAAGAAGAAGGGGUUGAAGAAGGCUGCCGCUUCCGGUGUCAGAGCAGGAGCAGGUGGUUAUGCAUACUUGUAUGAACCACUGUGGUGGGCAGGCAUGAUAGCAAUGGUUGUUGGGGAAGUUGCUAACUUUGCAGCAUAUGCAUUUGCUCCAGCUAUUCUGGUCACUCCUCUUGGUGCUCUUAGCAUAAUCAUCAGUGCUGUACUUGCACAUAUCAUUUUAAGGGAAAGGCUACAUAUAUUUGGCAUUUUUGGCUGCAUUCUCUGUGUUGUGGGAUCCACAACAAUUGUUCUCCAUGCCCCUCAGGAGCGUGAGAUCGUGUCUGUAACGGAAGUCUGGGAUUUGGCAACUGAACCAGCUUUUCUAUUGUAUGCAACAACCGUGCUUGUAGCAGCCUUUAUGCUUAUAUUCCAUUUUGUCCCUCGAUAUGGGCAAACACAUAUAAUGGUCUAUAUUGGUGUUUGCUCUCUUGUAGGGUCUCUCUCGGUUAUGAGUGUUAAGGCUCUUGGAAUUGCUCUGAAGUUGACAUUUUCAGGAAUGAACCAGUUGGUUUAUUCCCAAACCUGGGUAUUCAUGAUCAUAGUAAUUGCAUGUAUCAUUACCCAAAUGAACUAUCUGAACAAGGCACUUGAUACAUUUAACACAGCUGUUGUAUCACCCAUAUACUAUGUGAUGUUUACAUCAUUAACCAUUUUGGCUAGUGUGAUUAUGUUCAAGGAUUGGGAUCGACAAGAUCCCACACAGAUCGUCACAGAGAUGGGUGGCUUCAUCACAAUUCUUUCCGGGACAUUUCUUCUCCACGAGACUAAGGACAUGGCUGAUGGUCUACCGCCAUCAACCUCCGGCCGCCUCCAAAAACAUGCCGACGAGGAUGGCUAUCUCCCUGAAGGCACUCCUCUCCGGCCUCAGGAAUCCUUUCGGCUGCCAUGACAUGCUGCAACAGCACCUCAUCAUCCAUUUUACACGAGCAGAGUUGGAUGAACUUGCAUUCUUUUUACAUGGAAAACUGUAGAUUUUUUAGGCUCCCAAACCAAUAGCAUAGUGUUCAACCCCCACUUAGGCCACUAUACACAGAUAAGCACAUUUGGGGACACAUUUUAACAUACAUGUAAUGCAUCUUCAAUUAUUUAGAAAAUUGGCUCUUGUGAGACAAUGCAGAAGCAUGGAUUAGAAAAAUGAUUCGAAAAAUGAGGAGCACAACUUCGUUAUAGAUAAUGAUUCUUAGGAUAAAUAUAGAUACUUAAGACGAGUACUUUUUGAUCCAUCGGCCUUCCUUCGAAGGGGGCCAGCCUGUGAUAAAGAUUGCACUAUGUUUACAAUAGUAUCUUUUAUUUUCUAAAAGAUGUGAUUAUUAUUGGCCCA